UCGACUUUUGGUCCAGUAUAACAUCGCCCACCCCUCUCGUCUUACGAGUCUUUCUUUCCAGCAUGUAGACAAACACUCAUGGCCCAUCUCCGCACGAGGCCAACAUGAAGCAUCUCCAAUACUGGGCCGUCGCGGCCCUUCCGCUGACAUCCGCCUUUCUGAUCCCCCCCAAGCAGCAGGCGAUCCUCCGCGAACCAAAGCCAGACCUGCAAGAGGAGCAGGAGCAAGAGACGCACGACCACCAUCAUCUAUUCGACAUCCUCUCGCGCCUCUCGUCCGCGGUGGAAACCUACUCGCCCGUGCAGCAGAUCACCUCCUGGAUCGACGAGCUAGCAGACGAGACCCACGCCCCCGAGGAACAGCAACUGUCACCUCCACCUCCUCCUCCGCCCUUCCGCCGGCCGUCUCCGCCGCCGUACCCGCAGCACCCGCCGUCCAACAAGUCGCUGUACGAUCUAAUCUCCGAGAACCCUCACACCACCAUCCUAGCCCGCAUCGUGCACGACGACUCGCACCUAGUGGAGCUGCUGAACCGCACGGCCGCCAACCUCACCCUCUUCGCGCCCACCGACGAAGCGUUUGCCAAAAUCCCGCAUCACCACCACGACAAACACCGUCACGAUGACGACGACGACGACGACGACGACAACGACACCCGUGAUAAACACGGAGACCACGACCGCGACCACCACAAACCACCCCGCGAACUCAUCCGCGCGGUGCUGAAAUACCACCUCGUGUCCGCGGUAUACAGCCCGGCCGAGCUCUUCCACGCGCACACGCUGCCCACUCUCCUGACGGAGCCGCUGCUCAGCCCUCAGCCCCCCGCCCCGGGCCCCAGCCGCGCCAGCCGCGAGCAAAAGGGCUCCUCCCUCCCGCAGCGCCUCAGCAUCAGCACGACGCUGCACGGCCCGACCCUGAACCACUACAGCCGCAUCCUGGCGACGGAGAAACGCGCCGCCAACGGCGCGCUGUACACGAUCGACGCGAUCCUGCUGCCGCCGCCGUCGCUGCUGACGCUGACGACCAUCGUGCCCACGCAAUUCAGCACCCUCGCGCUCGCCCUCCACCGCACGGGUCUCGCGGCCCGACUUAACCAUACCCACCACUGUCCCCAUACCAAACCCGGGGAACCCAGCCCCGAGCCAACCACGAACCCCCCAUCCCCUUCCCCCGAGAAAGAUAAGAAGGGUCAAGGGCAGGGAGGAACGUACUUCCUCCCCACGAACCGCGCGUUCAGCAGACUGGGGUACAAGGCCAACGCCUUCCUGUUCUCGGACUACGGGACGCCGUACCUCCGUGCGCUGCUGGAGUACCAUCUCGUGCCGCGGCGCACGCUCUACUCGGAUGUGGAGUAUACGACGUCCGGAAACAUUGAGCCGGUACAUGGGCUCAAGCAUUUUGAUUUGGAGACGCUGCUGGACGGGCGCACGGUGGGCGUGGAAGUGGCGAAUCUGGGGCCGUGGGGGGGCCUUACUGUUUCUGGGGAGCGGGUGGGGGUGCGGGAUUUGGUGGUGCGGGAUGGGGUGGGCCAUGUUCUUACGAGGUCUGUGAUUGUGCCUAAGUGUGAUGGGGGUAAGGGGGGAGAGUUUUGGGAGGGGGAUGGGGAGAUGGGGGUUGAGGAGUUGGUGGGCAGGUUGCGGAGUUUGGUGGAUGGAGGUUCGGAGUCUGAUGGUAAGGAGGAGGAUAGGGAGGUGGUUUGGGGGGAGUUGCAUGAUCGACUGGAGUUGUAGGUACUAUUCAUGUUCUGUGGUUUGUGGUUGAGGUUACUGGGGAGCUGAAAAGAAGGGGGGUCCGGGGGUUCUCCCCCGGGAAGCCUCACUCUAUCUAUAUAUUAGGGUUAUGCGCAUUGUUGAUAUGUCGACCAAAUUGCCACAUGUUUCAUUCAAGCCACCAAACCUGGAUGUAAGGCGUGCACGGUACAAGGCU